AAAAGAAAGGACAAAAUUGCAUAUUUCAUUUUCUGUCUCCUAUAAACAACACUCUGAACUAAUUCUUUUAUUUGUGUUUUCUUUUCAUGGUUUCCUUGUUUUGCUGGCACAAACGUACUUAAAAGUAUUCCUAAUUAGAAUCCACUCAAUUUACUGAACCCCAUGGCUAAAACCUAAAAGUACUUUCUGAUUUUUAGUUAUGAAUGCAUUUGAUUAAGACCUGCAUGCCAUUCUGCUCUUGAAUUUGUCUUUCACCUUAGUGAGACAAGAAACUACAACUGAUGGGAGCCAAGGUGUUAUUCAUCCACAUGUGGAACAGACAGCAAAUUUUUCUCUUAAACUGGUAGACAGGAAAACAUGAAGGGUUUUUUUGUUUGUUUGUUUUGCUUAUUUUUAUUUUACUGUGGGAAUAAAAAGGAGUCGUAAAAGCAGAAUAAUUCAUUCCCCUUGCCUUGCUGCCUCACUGGAUUGUAUCACAGAGACCAUACCCUUAUCUGAUUUAUCAAACACUCCCAAGUUUCCAACUACUUUCAUAAAUUAAUCUGGAUAAUGGCUGUAAUGUGCUCUGUGUACCUCCCCAUGUUUCAUGGUUGAAGGCACAGAUGUUUUCCUGUGCACAUUUGCAGUCAUUUGAUGUACCAGCCCAUUGACCAUGAUGUUUUCUUGUCUAAGAUCUCAAUUUGCUUUUUUUUUUUGGUUUGUUUUGGUUGGGUUUUUGUUGUUGUUGUUGUUUUGGGUUUUGUUUGUUCUUGUUUUGUUUUUUGUUUGGUUAGUUGGUUUUGGUUUGUUUUUUUUUUUUUUUUGUUAUUUUGUUAAAUGCAGAAGCUUUCUAUUAAUCUGCAAGAUUAAUUUAUAAUCCUGCCUCUGCCAUUACUCUUCUUUUUCUAAACGAAGGUUUAGAAAGGUUACUCCUGUAUUUGCAGUAGGAAUUAAACAAAUGAAAGGACAUAUGGGCAGGACUUUGCCCAGGUGCUGAGCACAGCUCCAAAAACGAACCUGAGAUUGAGAGGAGAAACAGGGCUUAGAGAGAGGCACAGCAGGCAGCAAGAGGGAAAGUCACACCCAAGAAAUGGGGGAAUAGCCCAUAUUUCUCCAGUUCUACUCAAGGAGAAAUCCCAGCCUGGUGUGAUCUCACACUUGGGAGUGAGAAGAAAAAAAUCAAGAAUUUCAGUCCAAAAUCAAGAAAUUGAUUGAGAAAAUUGAAAGUCAGAUCAAGAACUGAAGAAAUUGAAAGUCAAAAUCAAGAAUUUCAGUCUUCAUUCUGAGGCAGGAGCUGGCAGCUGACUUGGUUCUAAAGAAGCCCCACAAAUUCCUUUAUAGAAGCCCCACAAUUUCUUUCCUAGGCUGUUUCCUAACACAGCAUUUUUCAAACAUAUUUUUUCAGCAGACUCUAAGUUCAUUAAAUAUUGCAUUUUAAAAGAGCAAGCAAAUCCAGGUUCCCAUCUGGAAAACACAGGCAGAAUUGUUCAAAACUGAAAAGUAUUUACAAGAAACAAGGAAAUGAAGACAGCGUUCUUUCCACUCCCUGAAAAAAAAUUUUUGCCAUGACAACAUUGGAUUAUGUCAGAGACAAUACCCUUCCAAACAUCUUAAUGAGAUAAAAAGCAGAAAGAAGUUUCAGUUCUGCAAAUUCAGAUCUUUCUUCCUUCAGAUUAAUUAAGGUCUUGAGGCAGAUGUUUCUUUGAUGAUAUCACAGGGUCUCCUCUGCUGUACCUUGUUUAUCUUUAAAUGCAGAUGAAGGUACUUGCUGUAGUUCUCAGCACCUUGAAUAGAGGACAUUCCUACCUGACAUAGUUUUCAUCUUUCUUAAAGUAUAAAAUACAGGAUUUUUCAAGUAGUAAUGAACUAGUAAUUUAAGAUGACUUCCUGAAUUCCAGAGUUUACAGUUUCAGCUGCCUAAGAAAAAAGUUGUACAUUAUUUCUUGCUGUAAACUGCAUGGACACAUUUAUUUUUUUAUAGCAUCUAAAAUGUAGUUCUUUGCAUGACUACUCCAGUCUGAAUGUAACACAAAUAAGCAAAAGGCAACUAUGUUUUCAUAUGUAAAUAUUUACACCAGGGUUACAGUCUGGCAUCUUCAGAGAAACCUGAAGGCUCUUUCCCACAUUUUAACAGUGAAUUCCUGCAGUUCUCCUGAACAUGACCACCACCAGGAAAUGCACAAUUCCCACCAGGAAAUAGGACAGGAUGGCCACAACAUGACUGUCUCUCUUUAAAUAGGGACAUUGAGGAAGAGGAUUGAUCAUCUCACUGUUCAUCUCCCACACAAGCUCAUGUAUCAAAGAUUAUUCUUGCUUGCCACAUUUAACUAAAACUUGUUUUAAGAGAGAGAAUUUUCCAGAGGUUUAGCCAUUAAAAGUUCAGGAGUGCAAGAUUUGUUGAACAUGUUUUUUUUACACUGUCACCCAACCCAGACAUGCAAUGGGUCAGGGAGUAAAGGACAACUUGGGAGCAGUGGAAAUUUCCCACCUAGUGAUUCACAGAAUGUGAACUUCCACUCAGGAGCUGCAGCAUCUACUUCCAAACCAGUUCAAGACAAAGCCUCAAUUUACAGAGUUUCUCAUAAAUUCAGUGAUAAUUUUGUACCUGGCAUACCUGCAGCUGUGCCUUAACUUACUUUGAGGUUUUUUGUUUAUUUCUGAUCACCAUGCUAUUUUUAUCAGGAUGUUCCCUCCCAAUCCCAGCACAUUUAAACUCAACUUUCCACUUAUUAAAGAACCUUUAAAAGGCUGUAAUAGCAAACAUGGGGUGUGUGAAGGAUGCUUCAAAGCAAUCUGCUCCACAGCAGGUACUGUAGAGCACAGCACACCUUCCUGGCACCAGAGGACACGUAGGGUUAACACCUCCUGUGCAUUUCUGCCUGGGGUUCAUUUCACACAGACUUUUACAAUUCCACAAUUCUGGUGCCUGCCCUUGUUUGUUUGCUAAUCUGAAAGUUAGAGUUUGAAGGGCUGGGGUCUUACAGAACCUGUGGUUUCUUUAUCUCAGGGUUCCAAACACGGCACUGUUCUCCCACACAUAUUUAUCACACACGCCUCACUUUACUGCUACAAGAUUUACAUUCUGUUUAUAGCUGUGAUUUAUAACUAUGAUGUCCUUCUGUUUCCUAUCCAUUACCAAUCUGUUUUUCUAGCCUUUUGUAUCAGCUCUUCUUAUUUUCCUGGCGCAGCAGGGCUGGUCCUUUGCUCACAGAAGCAUUCAGACACAGCACUCACACUCAAACCUCCUCCUUACCCACCAGGGCCAGACCCUGUUUUGCAGAAGUGGGAGCAGUUCCGUUCAAACCCCGUUUUUCUUAUCUCCUCAGCCCACUCAGGGCUCAUCCCCGUGUUGCAGAGGUUGUUACAGUUAUAAGAGGCACUCACAUUGAAUUCUUUAGCUAACUAACUUACACCUUCAUUCUUUGUAGUUUCUGCUAAACUGCUUAUCCCAAGUGAGCUCUGUGCUUCCAGGAGAUCUUUCUCUUUUCAAGAGAGAUCCUUUUCAAGAUUUAUUCUCUUUCCAGCUUCCAGCCAUGGAAAUGCCCGGCAGCAGCAAUUCCCUGCUGGAACUGGAAAGUUUCGGCAGGCGAACAGUUAAGGGCAGGGGGAGGAGGAGGAGGAGGAGGAAGAGGAGGAGGAGGAGGAGGAGGCAGGUCCCAAGUGCUCUCAGUGCUCUCAGUGCUGCAGCUGGGGGGUUCAGGUGAGAUUGGGGGGCAUACACAGCGUUGUUGCUGCUCCUGGGGACCCCUCGCUGGGCAGGCGGGCGGUGCCAGCCCCGGUGCCAGGCAGGGAAGGCAGAGAGCGCUGCCCGGACAGCGCUGCGGGAUGGAGCGCUCCGUUAAUGGUUAACGGCGGCAGCGCCGCCGGCCCUGCUGAAGGACAAUGAGCCCCAAAUCAUCUUUGUUGUUAUUAUUAUUAUUAUUAUUAUUAUUAUUAUUAUGCUGCCGUCUCCUGGACCAGUGGCAUCCCUGCUCUCCUGCCUUCUGCACAGCAUCCAAAGGUUGCCACGGACUUGAUUUGCUGCAGCUUUCUGCUCAGAUGGAAGGAAGGCUUCCAUCAAGGUUGUUUACCCAGUAAAUGGAUCCCUGAGGAGCUCCAAGGCAAAAAUAUUCUCCUGGGAGCUGAUUGCCUCCUGUUUUCCUUUGAGCUGCCUAAAGAACAUCCCAGGGAAAUGGAGGAGCCCUGCACCUAACAGCCAGCUCUGCUCUCUGGAAUGCUCAGGGGGAAGGAGGCACCACUCCAGCAUGAAAUCCAGUGCAUACCAAAUUUUGAUACCAACUGCUUCAAGGAUCAAGACUUCAGGUAAUUGCUGUGGGAUUCAGGACUGCUGCACUCUCAUUCUUCUGACUGUUCAACAAGGCAAAGAUGAUCUGAGUGUUUAACUGGACUAUGAUAAGAAGACAGGAGCUGGAAGUAAAAGAUGAACCCACUUCAUGCAAAGAAAUCAAGAUUUUUAGUGUGUGCUGCUGUCUGUAUGUUCAUCUACACCUUCAUUUACCUAAAGGUUCCACUUUAUGACGAGUCAGAUGACCAAAAAUUCCGGGUCAAAAGAGCAGAGUGUGGUUUUUACCCUGAUGAACUUUGUUCAGCUCUUUUUGUGGGGAAACCUGCAGCCUUUAAAAUUGGCAACUUUUGCCAGAACUUUUACCAGCCCAAAGCCCUCAGCUGUAUUCAGACUUCCUGCAGCUGCUCCACAGUCCUGAAGACUCUGCAUUUUAUCACCAGACCACUGUCAGAGGAAGAAGGAAAUUUCUCCUUGGCAUACAUUAUUACAAUUCACAAGGAGCUGGAAAUGUUUGUGAGGCUGCUAAGAGCUAUUUAUAUGCCUCAGAAUAUUUACUGCAUCCACAUUGAUGAAAAGUCACCCAGAGGUUACAAAACUGCUGUACAGAACAUCGUUAACUGCUUUGAAAAUAUCUUUAUUUCCUCCAAAAGAGAACACGUUGUUUAUGCAGGGUUUUCAAGAUUACAAGCUGACAUUAAUUGCAUGAGAGACCUCGUUAACUCCAAAAUUCAGUGGAAUUAUGUUAUUAAUCUGUGUGGUCAAGAUUACCCCCUGAAAACAAAUAAAGAAAUCAUACAAUAUAUAAAAAGUAAGUGGAAUGGUAAAAACAUCACUCCUGGGAUAGUGCAGCCCCUGCAUGUGAAGCACAGGACAGAGGUCAGCUACAGGGAGUACGUGCACUCUGGAGUGCCAUAUGUGUACCCAGCAAAGGUCAGGAAAGCUCAGCCCCCACAUAACCUGACCAUCUAUUUUGGCAGUGCCUAUUACGUCCUCACCAAGGGCUUUGUGGAGUUCACACUGAGUGAUGCCCGGGCUAAAGCUCUGCUGGAGUGGUCCAGGGACACCUACAGCCCUGAUGAGCACUACUGGGUCACCCUCAAUCGUUUACCUGAUGCUCCAGGGGCUACACCCAAUGCAGGCUGGCAAGGAGACCUAAGAGCCAUUAAAUGGAAAGAUCAAGAAGGGCUCUCACACAAAGGCUGCAAAGGUCAUUACGUCAGAGACAUCUGCAUUUAUGGCCUGGGGGAUCUGCAGUGGAUUAUUGAGUCCCCCCAUCUGUUUGCCAACAAGUUUGAGGCUGGCAGGAACCCCCUGGCUCUGGAGUGCCUGGAGCGGCGGCUGCGGCUCAAGGUGCUGCGCCAGGCUCAGGUGCCCAUCGAGCAGCACUGGCACCUGCAGGAGCACAGCCACUUCAACAUGCAGCUGGAUGGCUGAGCUCAGCCCCCUCCCCAGCAGAUCCUGGCAGGAAACAGCAGAAAAUGUGGAUAUUUACAGCCACAGCUUCACUCUGUGCAUCGAGGGUAAAGCACGGUCCUGCACUCCCUAAAUAAUCGGAGUUUAUUUAUUCUGGUAGCAAUGGGUUCAUUCCCAAAGAAUGCCUGAAAUCAAGGGGGGAACUUCAUCAUCCAUUAAGUGACUUCUUUAGCUGGAAAGUCAAUAUUCCUCAUGUUCACAGCCAAAGCAUGAAAAUAAUAAAAUGGAAGCGGUGACUGAACAAAGAUAAAAUACGGAGAAAUAACAAAUUAAAGUCAUGGUCACUGAAUGGCUCGUGAAAUGUUUUGAAUAAGCAAGUUGAUGCUAAAAUUUCAGAGCUUGGACAUAAGUGACAACCAGCUUGUGACACAGCCCGUGCCACUGGGGGGUGAGGGUUUGUUUUUGUUUCCCAUGGCCAGCCACAUCCCUAAUUUCAUUUUGUAGCAUGGCAACAUCACUGCUGCCCUUCCAGGCUUUGCUCCUAAUAACAGAAGGAUCCUGCAACACAUAUUUAUCUCCAAGUCUCUGUUCUGAGUCUCUGCAGGAGUUUAGGGCAAGGAGACAGGGAAGAUUUGAGGCCAGGGAUUACAGGAAAACUGAGCAAAAAGCCAUUUUUCAAACAUUUUUCCGUCCCUGACUGAGAGAAGCAAAGAGCCUGCAGCAAGUGCAGUAACACCUGGACAACUCACUUGAUUAAAAACUGCAAAUUAUGAAUAAAAAUUAAUUAAAUAAAUAAAAAUAAAUUUUAAAAGGA